ACGUGGACAUCGAGAACUUCACGAGCCUCCUCACCUCGGCCCUCAAGACGGACUCUCCGCCCAAGUCUGGCCGCGGUGGUGGUAGUGGUGGUGGUGGUCCGUCGGAGGCUCGCGCGCUAGGGUGAGCAAGGCUUUCGGCAACCCAGAGCGAGUCUACACGUUUUCCAAGAUGGCAGACAGGGAGUUUGAAGAAUUUCGUCAGUUUUUCGAGCAGCUGCCGCAGCACAUCAAGGCGCCUUCCAACUGUUACACGUUGGCCCAUGACAUCACGCUUGAGUCCCCCUCCCCGGAAGACGCCCCGGACCCUCCCGACCCCCCCAGCGUGGAGGCGGCUGGGGGAGCGGCGGGUGGUAAAUGCUGCUCGGACGAGGACCCGUGUUGCCCCCAGCUAGUCGGGGAGCAGACGCAGGGGUUGGUGCCCCCCGCCCCGUGCCUGCCCCCUAGCAUACAAGCCGCAUCGUGCCCCAGCCCCAUCUGCGGCAGCCCCGGCCCCCGCAGACCCCACCCCCCAGCGCCCCCUCUCCCCAUCUCAGGCCCCCCCAGCAUGGAGAGCGUGGGGAGCGGGGAGAUGGGGGACGUGAGCGGGGGGGAGUUCUUCUCAGGGGAGCUGGAGGAGUUGGACGGGGGGCGCGGCUCCCCGACGGAGGGCGACGGGGAAAUGGAGAUUGGGGACAGUUCCGGGGCGCCCCAGUGGGAUAGUCACCCCGGGGAGAGGAAACGACGGAGGCUGCCGGAGAUACCCAAGAACAAGAAGUCCUUCAGCACGGCCACCAUCCUCGCCCUCCGCACCCCCAACCUGGCGGAGGAGCUGCAGGAGGCGGAGUCCGGCGUGGCGUCCCGUAGCAGCACCCCAGACGUCACCUCCUCCGCCAGCGCCACCGCCGCCGCCGCCAACCCCAUCCUCGUUUUGAAGUGCCACGCCUUUGUGAGAGAUGACAGCACCUCCCCAGACUCCGAGCUCCGCCUCCCCGCCACGGACAUCGACUCCGGGCACUCGACCCAGCACUCCCCUGAUGGCCCAAAAUCUAUGUCCCCGCUGGCCACUGUCAACGGCUCGCUCUCCCCCGGCUCCCCCAGCAGCGGCGGGGUCCCCUUCUCGCAGCUGGGGCUCCUGGAGGCGACGCACCGGGGACUGUACCGCUUCAUCCCGCGACACCACGACGAAGUGCACAUUGAGAUCGGCGACCCCAUCUACGUGCAGCGGGAGGCGGACGACCUGUGGUGUGAAGGCGUGAACCUCCGGACGGGUCGGCAGGGCAUCUUCCCCGCGGCGCAUGUGACGGAUGUUGACUACUCCGACUUCGACCCGACCGUGCCCAAGGUUAAAAAGGAACGUUACCUGCUGUCCUACCUGGGCUCCAUCGAGACGCUCUGCCACAAGGGGAACCAGGUGCUAUGCCAGGCUGUGAGGAAGAUUGCUGGCGGCGAGGAGUCGGCGCAGCACCCCCACCCCUGCAUCCUAGAAGUGUCCGACCAGGGCAUCAGAAUGGUGGACAAGAGCAAACCAGCGCCCAACCACGCGCCCUGCCACGACUACUUCUACCACUUGAAGCACGUCUCGUUCUGCGCCUUCCACCCCAAGGACCACCGCUACUUUGGCUUCAUCACCAAGCACCCAUCCAGCCAGCGGUUCGCCUGCCACAUCUUCAGGAGCACAGAGAGCACCAGGCCCGUUGCGGAGGCUGUCGGCCGGGCCUUCCAACGCUUCUACCAAAAAUACAUUGAGACGGCCUACCCCAUUGAGGACAUAUACCUGGAAUAGCCCAGCCCACCUCCCCUGCCCACCCCACCUCAUUUGACCUAGCCUGACCUGACGUGACCUCAACCUCAAGAAAGAUAUGCAGGAACCGACCGACCGACCUCUCUUCGCCUUGAGGAUGGAAACGAAGAAAGAAAAAAAUAUGAAGAAAAGGAGGUAAAGAAAAUCAGGUGAAGAAAAUUAGUGUGUGAAGAGAAGAAAAGUGUGUGUGUGUGUGUGUGUGUGUGUGUGUGUGUGUGUGUGUAUGUGUGUGUGUUUGAAAAGGCAAGAAAUAGCAGGGGCCGUGCAUUUAAGAGAGAGAGAGAGAGAGAGAGAGAGAGAGAGAGAGAGAGAGAGAGAGAGAGAGAGAGAGAGAAUAAGAUAAUAAAAGAAAAGACGAAAAAAGUGAAUACCCAUAUCACGUUUUCCUCCGCAUAUCUUCAAGGGGCAACUCAACCAAUCCUUUCUACAGAGGGGUUAUAAUGUAUGUUGCCGGACCCCUCGCAAGCCAAAGUGUCAGCCGUGUGUUGCGUUGUUGAUGUUGCUUGUAUAUCAGUGUGUUGCAAGGGGAAAGGGAGGAAAAGGAAAGAAAACGGGGUAGUGUUGGAUUUUGUGCGGUACUUAACUAUACUAGAGAGAGAGAGAGAGAGAGAGAGAGAGAGAGAGAGAGAGGAAAAAUGAAUAAAUUGAAAAAAGGUGGAGAAAGAUAGUUGAGAGAGAGAGAGAGAGAGAGAGAGAGAGAGAUGGUGAUAUUUAUGUGACGUUAAGAUGGCACUGUAAAUAUCAAAGUUAUUAUAAUCAAGAUGCUUCCUCCUCCUCCUCCUCCUCCUCCUCCUCCUCCUCCUUAUUUACCUCUCUAUCAUCUUCUCUUCAAACUUCAGUAAAUGGCAAACUUCACCAACGCAAAACUUCAUGCAAAACAAAAACAACUUCAUUUUCUCGUAACUUCACCAACAUCAAUUUUUCACCAUCUCAUAUUUUCAAAACUUCACGAUUCCUUACAUCAAACUUCAGCGAAUAAGGUAACUUCACCAUUACAAACUUCGAUGAAUACCUAACUUCAGCAAUACACACUUUGAUAAACAACUAACUCUACUAAUACAAACUUCAGUGAACGCUUAACUUCACCAACACAAACUUCAAUAAACAACUGACUUUACCAAUACAAACUUAAGUAAAUUCAGUAACUUCAGCAAUACAAUCUUUCACGAACACUAAACUUCACCAAUGCAAACCUCAGCGAACACCUAAAACUUCACGAACACAAAACUUCACCAAUGCAAACCUCAGCGAACACCUAAAACUUCACGAACACAAACUCUCCUUAACAACAAGAACUGCCUUACAUACGCGCUUAUUCAAACUUCACUCACUUCCACAAUCACCGAACUUCCCCGACAGUGACUUACAAUACCGCGAUCAUACUCCAAACUUCCAAUAAUGCGAUUUCAGACUAUACACGAUUUGAACUUCCUAUAAAGACGAUCUAAAUUACCUAUAUAUAAAGCGAUUUCAAUUUACGCGACCGAAGUUUUCAGACUACACGAUUUGGACUCCUUAUAAGACGAUUUCAACUCCCUAUAAAGCGAUUUCGAUUCCCUACAACGCGACUCUCACUUCUCAAGAACGUGAUUUAGCUGUAGCAUUUUGCGAUGUAGACCGAAUUACAUUACGCCGUUUAACUUCUAAGAACGCGAUUUGAGUUUCGUUGUAAGCGAAUUGGUAACUACGAAUUUAGCGACCCGAAAUUCGAUAUACGUGAUUCAGACUACUUGGAAACGUAACUUGGGCGAUUUAAACUUCAACUUACGUUUUUUUUUAAUACAUUGAAAGCGACUGACUUGAUAUUUUCGAACUUAGCGACUUGACGUUCAAUUUACACGAUUCAGACUACAUAAAUCACAACUUGGGCGAUUUAAACUUCAACUUAUGUGUUUUUUUACUACAUUGAAAGCGACUGACUUGAUAUUUUAGAACUUAGCGACUUGACGUUCAAUUUACACGAUUCAGACUUCAUAAAUCACAACUUGGGCGAUUUAAACUUCAGACUGUACGUUUUUUUGCUACACAGAAAGAGGCUGACCUGAUAUUUUCGAAUUUAGCGACUUGGUAUUCAAUUUAUGCGAUUCAGACUUCUUGAAACGUAACUAGGGAGAUGUAGACUUCAAAUUAUACGGCUUUUACUCCUUUAAACGACUUUGUAUUCAAUGUACGCGAUUCAGACUUCGCGAAACUCAAUUUACGCGCUAAUUACUGAGUGACUGAAUUCUUCGCCUUGACCGCCUCUGCCCAUGUUCAUAUUAUAAGGUCGCUGUUUUCAAGGUUGUGGCUUCGGGUUGAAGACCUUAUACCCUUCCUGGGGUUCGAACUGCCUCCCCUUAGCUUCUUAACUUCCAUACGUCGACGCUGUGAGCCGCUAUACCACUGUGCCAUUUCUUCAUUUACCGCGAAUCUGACUUUUUUAUUAUAAUGCAAUACAGAUUUUUUUUCCUUCUUACGCAUAACAGGAAAAUAAAUAUUGUGUUCUCUCGCUGUGUUCUGAAUCUUCACUCUAUACGACUUUGCGAUAGAGAGAGAGAGAGAGAAAGAGAGAGGAAAGGAAUCUAACCGUAAGAGGAAAGGAAUCUUAUCUUCUUCUUAAACCGAUGAUGUAAAUAUGUAAAAAAUAAUAAAUUAAAAAGAUGAAUAUUGUAAUAGUGUAAUCUUAAGGUCUCUCUUUUUGUCUGCAUUAAUAACUAUUGCAUCCAUAUUAUAGGUAAGGUAUGAUUAGGUGUGUGUGUGUGUGUGUGUGUGUGUGUGUGUGUGUGUGUGUGUGUGUGUGUGUGUGUGUGUGUGUGUGUGUGUGUGAUAUUUAUAAUGUUCCUCUUCUCUAUCGUUUAUGUUGGACACAGAGAGAGAGAGAGAGAGAGAGAGAGAGAGAGAGAGAGAGUAUCAUUAAAAAUUCAAAUCAUUUACGAACUACAUCAAAAAAAAAUAAUUAAAGGUAAAAUUAAACUCAUAAAUCCUAAGGCGGGACGCAAAAAAAAUGUAAAUUGAUAAAAAAAAUCUGAGUUAUAUUACUUGUUAAAAAUUUAUGAAUAGGCCUACUCAAAAAAAGUUAUGAUUCGUGUUUUUUGAAAGUUAUUAAAAGUAUUAUGAAAAACUAUAUAAUUAUUUUAGAUCGAAAGAAAAACAACAUUGUGAUUUAUUAUGAUAUUGUUGUUGGCUAGUUUUUCAUAAGGAAAUUAAAAAAGGAAUGUGAUUUUAAUAAUAAUAAUAAUAAUAAUAAUAAUAAUAAUAAAGAUUUUUUUGUGUGUUCUAAGUAAUAAUGAAACUGGUGAUGAUUGUAUUGUGUGUUAUUGAGGGAAUACACACACACACACACACACACACACACACACACACACACACACACACACACACACCGGACUUAUUACCCUCAUACAUAACACUGAUUAACCAUGUGCGUGUGUGUGUGUGUGUGUGUGUGUGUGUGUGUGUGUGUGUGUGUGUGUGUGUGUGUGUGUGUGUGUGUGUGUGUGUGUGAGUCAGUAAGCAUUUAUUACGUGUCUUUCUGGCAGUAUUUUAAGCCCAGAGAGUUACAUGUUUAGGAGAAAAUAAAUGAAAUGAGAGUAAAAUAAAUGAAGAAAAUAAUUAACAUAUACAGACAUGACAGAUUUGAAAUUCUCAGGUGAAACUUAGACAAACCUCCUCCUCUUCCUCCUCCUCCUCCUCCACC